UUGCAACCAACCACGACAAUGCCGCAAGCUGCUGGAGACAGCCCGCAGCCAUUUCUGUCUCUCGCAGCGUCCAUUCAGCACUCCCAAGAUGCCCUGCGUCUCUGGUCAGUGCUGUCGAAGUUCCCAGAUGCAAUUCACCAUGGGCGAAGAGCGGAGAAUAUGGCCUGGCGGUUAGCCUGGAGGGACUCACGGAGGCCGCCACAAGUUUGGCCACCAACUCCCGAAUCCUUGUCCAGUGGUGACGACGCCAAAUCUGCCUUCCAGCUGGCUCCGAGAAGACGAGAAACUGUGGGGAGGGCCAUCCACUCAAUGAUUUCGACCAAUAAGGUUUCUGUACCGAAGAAGCCGGGGUACCCCACCCCCGCCUCGAGUUCAAGCUCGUGUGCUUCGUCUCUCGUUUCUAUUGCCGUGCAAGUCCCACAAGAGCCAGACGUUGUCGUUCCUCGAGUAGUAAUACUCACUCCAACCCCAAACCUCAGUCCACAUCCAACACCACCAGCCACUCCUCAACUCACCGGGACAGCUUCUCCAACCAGGACACCUUCGCCUGUGGCCCUAUUACCACCACCUGUACCAUCAUCUCCGAUAUCUCGCAAGGAACCACAACAACAACAACAACCCGUAUUCUUGUCACGAUCCGCUACUCGCGGCAUGGGCUCGCCAAAUUCACCGCCCCAGCAAUCAACGCAUAUAUUACCCCUUGGCGGCCAAUCUCGUCCGCCGCCGAAGGCGGCUAGCAAGUUUUUCCUGCAUGCGGGUGCUAGCUCACAUAGCUCUUCACAUUCAAGUGGGCAAUCGAGUGGAAGUAGUGAAAGCUCUAGGGAACGGGAAAGGGAGAGAACGGAAGAACUAGAGGAGGAAAUUAAGCGACGUCAGGCAUAUACGGGCGAUGCUCGUGGUCGUGGACGGACAAGUCGCAGUGGAAGCGGGAAAGAGUUGGACAAUUUGGCCCAACCCACGGCCGAUAUUCCAACAACAAUACAGAAAUCGAUCACACACGAUCCCCAGGCUCCCAAACCACGCAAACCGCCGUCUAGGACCGUAUCGGCGCCAUUUCUCGCUAUGGAUGCGACUACCGGAACUUCUAGACCAACAGCAGUCGAUUUGGACGACACGAGGUCCGUUAGUUCCCAUGCGACAUCCUCAUCGCAUGCAAAGAUUAGGAGUAAUCCACGCGGUAACAAGCAACCACCUCGCCCUGGGCUGUCACGCGACAAGCAUAGCACUACGAAUUCUCGGUCGCGGUCACGAGCUUCGAAGAAAAACGCAGCAACCAAUGAUCUUGGGUUGCCGUCUAAUCUUGCAGCAGCCGUUGCUUUUGUGGAGCGGGGGAAGCGAAGGACAACGACGAUCGUGUUGGCGACAAGUGAUGAGGAUGACGAUAGCGAAUGGAGUGACGACGAGGUUAGCCAGGAGAAAGACGAAGAACAGGAGAAAGAUGAAGAGUGGGAGGAUGAAAGUGAAGAACACAAGGCGCCGCCACCAUCUUUGCAGCAGAAACCUCCCCGUACCCAGAGCUCUUCCGAACUGCGCCAUUUGCCAACCCGGCCAACCCAUCGAUCUGCUGGUAAUCUCCAUGGUCUUGCUAAACAGACAAAGCAUCAGCGUCACAUGUCAGAGAGGACGGUUUCAACUACCGCACUCCCUUCCGCAACCAAAGCCAAGGAAAGUCUGAUCGCCAAGGUCCCGCGGGUUAGCUACGAAAACCUCCCCCAAUUGGCUGCAUCUCGGCCCAGUGGGCUCACUUUACUGCUCGGUGGAGUGCAAGCGUACCAACCUACAAUUCCACAACGACAACGGCCUGCUGGAGGGUUUGGCGGACUAGGUUUGGCCAUGACAAGCCACCCACCAGUCGCAGGACCUGGUGGGGCAGUAUUGUCGCCUGUUCCACCCACACCGGCAGAAGCAAACAAGCAUCAACGCAAUUCUUCUAUCCCUCCUCGUCCUAACAUGCCUCGCGCAAAGUCGAGUAGCGCCUUGCCUCCGCACUUCAACAUCAGCGGAUCUCUGGGGAAGAGUCCGGUUGCCGGACCGGUGGUGACUACCCCGACACGUGAUUCUCAAAAUGGAAGUGGUGGCCGAAGCGGUGGUUAUCGACCCAAGGGACCACCUGCGGAAGCGGAGUUUGAUGACGAUGAUGAGUCGGACGCGGAUGGCCGGGGGCUUUCGAAGAGUAUUGCCCAUGAAAAGCUGCGGUUGUUAGCCCAGCGCAGCGAUAUUCAGUCAUCCAAGGGCAAAAACUCGGAUGUCACUGAGAGCCAAGAACGACGCCGACUGUACGAGCAAGCUGGCGUUCCAGACUGGGCAUCACAAGAAUCGUCUUCAUCCAGCCGACAUCAACAACAGCAGCAACAACCACAACAAGCGGCAGCAGCAGCCCCUGCCGCUCCAGUUCCUUUCCCGUAUUAUCUCCAGCCCCCAGCACCUCCGUCCACACCGCGGACCACCCGCCAACAAAUGCUGCGCAACGAAAUGUCGGAAAGUUUGCGGCAUAACCUACUUUGGCAUCGCAAGCAAAGUCGGAACGAGCUCAGUGGGCCACAGCCACGAAGAACGAGGAGUACCGUCAAUGUCCCGGCCGAGAAAACGCUUGUGCGAUUAACUCCACGCCCGCCUGGUGCGGAGCCAAGAGCAGAUUUGCAGCAAGGACAACAGGAAGGCCCGCAGAAGAAGAAAUUGGUGAGAAACUUGAGUUGGGCGGACACUUCUGAUUUCCACCGGUCGGGGUGGUGA